AUGGUUCGCUCAAACCACAGCCGACCCAUCCCGACCCAGAUCUGGGAGAAACACAAAUUCACCAUCUAUGCACUCUAUGCGAGGCUGCCUCUUGACCAAGUCAUGGCUGAAAUGCAACAGAAACAUGACUUCGCCGCCACUGCGCAACAGUACAAGCGACAACUGGGGAAAUGGGGCCUUCGCAAGAAUGUCCUGACUGAGUUGGAUGUCAUUGACGAUGAAUCCAUCGCACGUGGAGGCAAGGACUCCCAACGCCAGAUACGGCGCUUUCAGAAGAGGAAACAGCUCAAAACACAGAAGCCAGCGAAACCAAAGCCGGCCACCCCGCGCACCACCCGGUCAAGCUCGGCUCAGAAGCGAAGGCCUCUGUGA